CUGCACGAAAAGAGCUGCUCGCAACGGCACCACAGAAUAUCUCAUUGCCAGGACAGAGGAGUGUGCAGAAAGAGGAGGAGAGAAGGUGGAGGGAAUUCACUCGAAUUUUGGAUCUAACUGGAAGACGGCUGAAAGGAGGGCAUUUCAACGUUUUCACCGUGCGCCCCCCUCGUUCCUCAACACCUCACUGAGAUCGGAUCGGACCGGAGCCGAGAAUGGAGCUCCCUGCCGCCGGCGAGCACGUCUUCGCGGUGGAGGGCAUCGAGAAGAAGCGCAUUCGGAAGGGCAAGAUCGAGUACCUGGUCAAGUGGCGCGGCUGGUCUCCAAAGUACAACACAUGGGAGCCGGAGGAAAACAUCCUGGACCCGCGGCUCCUCGUCGCGUUUCAACACAGAGAGAGGCAGGAGCAGAUUAUGGGAUACCGAAAGCGGGGCCCAAAACCAAAACAUCUUCUGCUACAGGUGCCUUCAUUUGCCCGGAGAUCAAGCAUCCCAGCAGGAUUCAAGGAAAUGGCCCAGGACGCAGAGGGUAGUCUCAAGUUGGAUCCUACCCAGGUCCAGCGCUCCCAGCCCCAGCAUUACCAGCUGAACAGCAAAAAGCACCAUCAGUACCAACCCAGAAGCCAGGAGGUCCCUGCUGACGCUGUCAACUACAGCAAAAAGAAGUUAAUCUACCAGCUCAACAGCAAGAAGCACCACCACUAUGAACCCGACCCACACAUGUAUGACGCACAGGUUUCGAGGCUCAAGGAGGUGGUCAAAGUUCAGGAACCGACCAGCAAACUGACAAAUCCGGGGUGGACCUUACCUUUGGCCCUGCAGCAGAAAUGGAUCCGCAACAAAGACACUGGGUGCUUGAGCAAAGUCAAAGAGCUGGCAGUGGAGGUGAGGAAGCCAGUUAAAGAGGUGCAGAGCAAGAACGCACUGAAUCCCAACCCUAAGGAGGCUACACUUCCUAGUGCCGUUAGCAGCAAAAUGAAGAUAAUCAAGAAUAAAAAUAAGAAUGGACGCAUUGUUAUUGUCAUGAGCAAAUAUAUGGACGGUAACAAGGCUAAUGGAACUAAGGAAAAACACAAGGUAUCUUCAAAAGACGACAAAACGCAAAGCACCAAAACAUCUGACAACAAUACAGCACCCAGGACCAAAAUGGCUGAACACCCAGAGAACGGGAUUCCCAAGGAGAUCUGUAAGGGGAGCUCCCUCUCUGUUGCGGAGCAUCCUUUGAAGUGUUCCCCCAAAGACAGACAUUUUUCCAAACCAUCUCCAAGCACAGCUGAGGAAUACAACACUGAAGUAGCCCGCGGUCAGGCGGAUUUACCGGAAGACUUGCCCCUGCAGCUGACAGCCAGCUCCCCCCAGACGUCUUGGACCGCUGACACCGCCAUCGCGACCCAUACUGCUGUCGACCCGAUCCGGAUCCCCUCCUUCCCUUGUGAUCUGAAAAGGAAGCUGUCGGAUCCCAUUGAGGACAGGAACGUUGGUAAAAUCUACCUUGCGUCAAGGAGCUUAAGCGUGCCCACCGCCUCAAUCGUGCCGCCUCAGGACAAACCCAUGGACCUACAUUGCAGCGUGGCACGUCACCGCAGUAUGGGUACGACAUAUGAAGAAGAUGGAAGCCAGGAGGAGCCGAUGGACCUCAGCUGCCCCAAAAACAGGAUGCAGGUUGAAGCAGAAGUCCAGCCGCAGGUGGAGCCUGAGUCUGCUAGUAAAGACACGCCUGCGAAGGAGAAAUCCUUGGAAAAAGCUCCAGAGGAACCUGCGAAAAAAAUCUCCCCCUUCAUGGGAAACAUAAUCAUCACUGACAUAACGACAAACAGCCUCACCGUCACCUUUAAGGAAUACGUUUCUUUCUAAAAUAAUGAACUCCCAGCUUUGUUAAGCUGAUUUUGUGAAUAUGUGCAUAUGUAAAAAAAAAAAAAGAAAGAAAAACAAAUGAAUUUUGUGCAUAUUGAAAUUUAUAAUUUAUAAGUCAAAUCCAGUAUGUUUCCUAUGAUGUUUUAUACUGUUACUCCUCUGUGAUGUUGUAGCCAAGAAAGUGCCCUCGACUAUUUGAGCGAAUGCCUCACUCGGGUGGAGAUUCUUCACCAAAAACAAAAAAUUCUUUGUCAAAAGAAGCUGGGGGGGGAGGAGACUAUUCCUGUUUUUCAUACUUGUACCAAACUUAUAACCUCAGAUAUACAGUAUAAAGGUUUAUACAUGUUUCGUAUUACUAAUAUCUGUUCAUGUUGGUCGGAGAGAAGGUUUCUGAGUGGACUGCGAUCACGAAUCAAAUCUUAAGCACUUAAUGAUUUUUCAAACGUUUUGCUUGUGUCAUCACUGUCGCAGAGACAGUCACAGAUUUUCUUGUCCUUUUGUUGCUGUAAUAGACAAAGCCCUCAUUGUGGAUCAGCAUAAUUCAGUGUUUUGUUUGUGGCUUGUUUAAAGAAAAGUUAUUGGCUGUGACAUGCAAAUUCAAAAAGCGGGUGUGUCAUAAUACAAUGUAAACACACACUGCAGAGCACAGGUAUUUGUAUACUCCUGAAAAGCAAUCCGACUGCAGACUGAAACAAAUCAAAUCUAGAAGCUUAAUAUAUAUUCUUCACUUUUAUGCUUUAGAAGUUAAAUUGAUUAUUUAGAUUUUUUUGAAGUGAGGUUCUUUAAAGUAUCUGGUUGUAGGAAAAAGAUCAUUUUGAUUUACGUUUGUAGAACAGACUAAAUCCUGUGAACGGUGGGAAGCUAGCGGUUUGCAUUUAGCUUAUUCUAUCAUCUAAACUUAACACGUUUGUCACAGCAGGAUACAAUGCUAUAUUAGUCGAUACAAAAUGUCUGUUUUCAAAAACUGCUGGUAUAUUUGUGGGGUUUUCUCAGCUGAACAACAUCCAUGUUGCUAAGUGGUAUCAAUAUGCCAGAUCCGCUGCAACGAGUCAGUUUGGCUGGAUGCAAAUUGCAAAAAUUACCAGGGAAGGACAAUAUAAGAGAAAGGUCAGGGGCGCUUUGAUGCCCAGUGAGCUUAUUGAGGUGGGCUCCCAAAUUAAAUUCUGCUAAGGGUCUCAAACAACAUUGGGUCAGCUCAGUCAGAAGGGUAUUGGCAUUAUUCUUCAAUUUAAGCUUAAACAGGACCUAUCAUUGUCCCCUGGAUUUUCCUCUCCACUGUUCCUCUGGAGUCUUGUGUUAUUUGCAUGCAACACUUUUUUAAUUUGUUCUCAAUUUAAUUGACUAAGCAUCUCAAUACCAUGAUGCAGCCCACCAUGUUUCACCACUUUAAAGCCACCAAGACUGGAGCAGACGUUUAGGAAUGAUCCCUGCUGACUCAGGAUCAGAUUAGGUAGACUUUAACUUUAUCUUUUAAACAAGGACAUCAUUUGAACUGUUAUUGGCUAUGAUAACAUUGAUGAAAAUUUUGAGUUUAAUCUAUUUUAAAUGGCUAAAAUAUGCAAAAUGGUCACAUGUCUGACAAGCUGUUAGCCUUCUUAGAUUUUAUCCACUUUUUAAAAAACUCUGCAAUAUGACAUUGUUUGCAUAUCAGCUCCUCAACACACUCCAAAAGCACAGUGCUCCUUAAAUAAUAUGUCAUUUAUGGAAACUGACUCGCCUUGUUACUUGAUUUUCACUAUAGCGAAGUUGUGUUUAAUACCUCAUGUAAUGUGAAGGCUCAUUUCACCAUUUAUCUGUCGAAGCUCACUAAAAUGUUCAGAAAGCUACCAGGCUUGGUAAUUAUUGAGACUUAACGGGACCAUCCAGUCAGAUCCCGUGAGUCCGAGCCGUUUUGAUUAUUCAUGCUGCUGAUAGUUAAAAAGCUGUUGGAUGUAAGCUACAGCUACGUUCGAGUCCAAGUAGCCUUCCCCGCACACUUAAUGCAAAUCUAGUCAGAAUGCUAAAGUGAAAGGCUGUGGUGAGGAAAAUGAAGAGUGCGUAUUUAUUGAUGUUAAAGGUUUAGUUUAAAAAAGCGAAAUCCGCUUACUGUGCUUUGUUUGCACCGAACGGUUUCAUCUCGAGCGGGUUUUCGAGUCUUUUUGGUUUUCUUUUGCUUCGUCUUUGCACUCUGUUUAAAGUGGAAAUGAUUGUUAUAAAGUAUGCUAUAUCGGCUGACCUGUAUGCUCAUCUCCCUGGAUGGUAUGUCUCAAAAUAAAGAUGGAGAUUUUAUAACA